GCACAGUAACAAUGAUAUUUUCAACAGCACGAACAAUGCGAACUUGGCCUUAAAUCUAUUACUCAAACUCCCCCCACUCUGUCUCAACUAUUUGUUGAUGUCUCCAAACAAACAUGAUUUCUAGUAUUUGCAAGAGAACUGAACUCUUCACGCGGAAGGCACUAGUUUAGUUGAUUUCCCAACAAGAUACCGCGUAACCAUUAACCAUAAGCAAAACCCUUUUUUCGCUUUGCCUUUUUUGUCACUUCACCAACUUAAACAACCACUCAUAAACCCCAGCUUUUUUUUUUCUUUAAAUUUUGGGUAGCUUAAUAUCUGUCUCCCCUUACACGUAAAAAUUAGUUAGUGUGGAUUGAGCUUCGGAUAUGGCGCAAGGGAGAGGAGUUAGAGACUUACUGGGUCCUCUUUUAGCAGUCAACUUGGUAGUCUAUGUGGUCGUGCUUGGUUUGGCUGGAUGGUCGCUUGACAAGUACAUCAACGGAGAGCAGAACCAUCCCCAUUUGGGUGGGAAUCCAUCAACGAGCUUUAUGUUGAUGUUUGCGCUGAUAGCUGGGGUGGUGGGUGCUUGCUCGCUGCUUCCGGGGCUGUUGCAUCUGCGGGCAUGGCGUGGUGAGAGCUUGCCAUCUGCAUCUGCAUUGGCUCUCCUCUCUUGGGCUUUAACAGCUCUCGCUUUUGGACUCGUAUGCAAGGAGAUCAUAUUAGGGGGUCGUAGAGGAAAGCGCUUGCAAACAUUAGAAGCCUUCAUAGUGAUAUCACUGCUGAGCCAGUUUCUUUAUGUGGUGCUACUGCACGGCGGGAUGUACAGCAGCCAUUACGGUCCAGGUUACCGCAACGACGACGACCGACAACAAAAACAACAUCGCCAUGGCAUUUCCAUGGGUCAUCAAGAACAGAAGACUAGCACUCCAUCGGUUUCCUGACUUCCUUUUGUG